UAUAUCGUGACUGCGGCCUCUCUGUUUUCGCGGAGGUACGUGGUUGAAGUUGUAAGACCAGAAAAAGUUUGAAAACAUGGAUCGAAAACAAAAAAAAUUCAAUAUAGCGAUGGUUUCUGAUUUUUUCUAUCCUAACAUGGGUGGUGUAGAGAAUCACAUUUACCAGUUGUCGGAGUGCCUAGUGAGCAGAGGACAUAAGGUUGUUGUCAUUACACACAAAUAUUCAAAUAGAGUUGGUGUGAGAUACUUACGAAACAUGUUAAAGGUGUACUACCUUCCAUUUGGAGUUUUCCACAACCAGUGCAUCCUGCCAACAAUUUACUCAACGUUCCCCUUUCUUAGAGAUAUUUUGAUCAGAGAGCAAAUUGACAUUGUUCAUGGCCAUUCAGCAUUUUCGACACUUUGUCAUGAUGCGCUACUGCACUCUAGAACGAUGGGUUUAAAGACUGUCUUCACUGAUCAUUCUCUUUUUGGGUUUGCUGAUCCAAGCUCUGUUAUUACCAAUAAGUUUCUUGAGUUUACUUUGACAGACAUAAGUCAUGUGAUCUGCGUUUCAAAUACAAGCAAGGAGAACACUGUACUACGUGCAUCGUUGGAUCCUCAGAUGGUAUCUGUUAUUCCCAAUGCAGUAGACUCACAACUCUUCAGCCCUGAUACUACAAGGCUCAAAUCCGAUAAAGUGACCAUUACAGUUGCUAGUCGGUUAGUGUAUAGAAAAGGAAUCGAUCUUCUAGCUGGAAUAAUUCCUAUCAUGUGUCAAAAGUACGAGUUCGUGGAUUUCAUAAUUGGUGGUGAUGGCCCUAAAAGAGUUGUUAUUGAAGAGGUUAGAGAAAAAUAUGGUUUGCAGGACCGAGUUUGCAUGCUUGGGACCCUGAAUCAUGCAGAUGUUAAAGAUAUGCUUGUGCAAGGUGAUAUAUUUCUAAACACUUCAUUGACGGAGGCCUUUUGCAUGGCAAUUGUAGAGGCAGCUUCUUGCGGCCUGCAGGUCGUGAGUACUUGUGUUGGGGGCAUUCCAGAAGUACUUCCGCCUGACCUUAUUAUUCUAGCGGAGCCUAAUGUCCAGUCCAUUGCCAAAGCCCUCGACAAAGCAGUUCUGUUAUCAAUUGAGAAAAAAGGCCUUCCGAAAAGAAACAAUUCGUUUCAAAGCAUCUAUUGCUGGGAUUCUAUCGCUAAGAGAACGGAACAGGUUUACCAUAAAGCUAAGAGUGUUCAAGAGAGUUCCUUGAAGACCCGUCUCAAAAAGCUAAACGCGGUUGCUCCAGUUGCAGGGAAGAUCUAUAUAUUUUUGGUUUUAUUGAAUGUGGCCUUUUUUAUUCUACUUGAGUUCCUCUUUCCCAAACAAAACAUUGAUAUCUGCGCGAGAAUUCCUGGUGAAGACGGCGUUUCAAGAAAUGUUGCCGAUCUUAGAACAAAAAACACCUUCCAAAUAUUAUCACAAGGCGAUUGAACGAGAGAAAAGUGAUAGGUUCAAUUUAGAUUUUGA